UUUCAUCAAAAUUUGCUGAGAGAUAUAUCUUUACAGAGGUAAUAAUGGGCACAGCCCUAUCCUGAGCCUGUUUUCUCUAUAUAUUGCACUGGAUUGAGUGAGUGAUCUAUGAUAAACCUCUCUCUUUAGGGUUUUAGCGUUUCGACUCAGCAGAGCAAUCAAACCCUCCUGCCAACAAACCAAAAGGACCGCAGUUUGAAGGAACAUAAUGUAUCAAAUGAGCGGCGAAACAAUUCUUUAAUCUGUUUGAUUCAUUUGAGGAUCUUCUAGCUAAGAAACAGUCUAGGUAUGGCAAAUGUGGUCAUGGCUCCAACAUUUAGCUAUUUCUCUACCAACAGAAGUAGCAAAGAGUGUAGAAGGUUACACAGUACUCCAAGAAAGGGUCAUUGUAUAAAGGCAAUGACAGUAGAGAAACCUUUGGAGGAACUGUACAAUGUGAGGGUGGAAAGGAAUGUGUCACCAGAACGACUAGUGGAGCUGGGGGUUUCAAAAUGGUCAAUGUGGAAGACAGGCAAGUGCAAGUUGCCAUGGGACUGGCACGUAGACCAGUUAGUUUACAUUGAAGAAGGGGAGGUGAGGGUUGUACCUGAAGGGAGCGAACGAUUCAUGCAGUUUAUGGCUGGUGACCUUGUUCGUUACCCCAAGUGGUUCGAGGCUGACCUCUUCUUUAAUGGUUUCUACCAAGAACGUUACAGUUUCCGAGCAUAUGGCGACGAUUAGUUACUUAUAUUAGACAUUCAGAUAUGGGGAUUGCUCUAGUUAUUGAUGUCUCUUCCUUUUGUUCUCUUUUUGUUUAAAAAUUUAGUACUUUUUUUUUUGGAUAAUUAAAAAAAAAAAAGUUAAAAAUGUAGUACUUCACUUCUUAAUAUGAGAGAGAAAGAGGGGGGGAUAAGCUACAAAUAAUGACUUGGGCUGAAGUAUGCACAUCUUAUGUUGAAGGGAAACUUGCUUCAAAUUCCUUGUAGUAUCUGCAGUAAUGGAGUUUCCUUCCUCAAAAUAUGUAAUUGGUUCAUUACAAGAUGAAAGUGCUCGCUCAGCCCAAUGUUGUUUCACAAUUUAUCAUGAUACUAAAACAGAAGAUUGCCAAGUUU